AUGGAGCCCACUGAAAUCUGUGAGCUUAGAUUAGCAGAGAGCUCAGAGGAAAUUGCCAUAAAAUGCGUUGUCUUGAUUGUAACAUCAUUGGAUGAGAUUGAAAUGUUCUCAUCCAACGGCGUGUACAGGCGACGGCAUUUAAGUGAAGUGGCUGUGGUCAGCACUAGUGAUGAGCAUUCGGUUAAACGAAGUAAGAAGACCGGACUGGCGAUGGCGGACUCUAGUCCGGUGGUCGUGGGCGUAACCGUAAAAGGCAAAAGCACUAGAAGGCGAUCAAGGCAUCGCCGCAUUAGGCAAAACCAAGUGCAGCAAAUAUGGACGGAUUAA